AUGUUCGCUCACCACUACCACUGCUGCUCGUACUUGCUGCUACUGUUACUGUGGCCGGGAGUAGAGCUAGUGACAGGCUUCAAUAUACUUGGAAUUUGCCCUAGCACGAGUUACAGUCAUCAGCAACCCUUUCAAGCAGUGAUGAAAGCCCUUGCGCAAAGAGGUCAUAAAGUGACUGUUAUUUCGCCAGUGCCCCUCAAGGAACCCAUGCCAAAUUAUACUGGCAUUGAUUUGUCAUUUACCUAUAAAACGGAGGAUUGCACAAAAUUCAGGCACAUGAAUGCAUACCAGCUGUUGCACAGAAACAUGGAGAAAGCCAAUGUUCUAUGUGAAAAACAACUUUUCAGCUCCGCAGUUGAGAAACUCACGCAACGCAACGAGACUUUUGAUGCAAUUGUAAUCGAGCAGUUGUGGUUCCAAUGCUUCUACAGUUUGGUGAAGUUUUACAACUAUCCUGUGUUAAUUGGUUUCUUAAGCGUUGGGAAUCUUCCUUAUGCCAUGGACUCCGUUGGAAAUCCGGAUGAUCCUUUUCUUAAUCCGGAUAUGGCUUAUGCCUUCGCCGGCAGAAUGAAUUUCUGGGAAAGAGUUCGGAACUACCUGUACACGGGCUACACAAGACUCUACUACAAUUAUUAUCAUUUGCCGGAGGCUCAGAAAAUAGCCGAGAGAUUUUCGCCGGAGGUUUCCUGCUCGGCUAUCGAUCGGAACUUCAGUCUCGUCAUUCUCGGAAACAACCACGUUUUCGGCUACCCGAAGCCCCUCCUGCCGAACGUAAUAGAGGUUCACAGUCUGCAAAUUACCGGCGAUCCGGGAACGCUUCCCAAGGAUAUCCAAGAGUUUCUGGAUGGCGCGAGCGAGGGUGCCAUUUACUUCUCUUUGGGUUCCAAUUUGCAAACCCAGCAGCUGUCGCUGGACACGUUGAAGACGUUGUCCGAUGCUCUUGGCUCGCUCCGGCAAAGAGUCCUCUGGAAACACAGCAGCGUCGCACCUGUUCGAGCGACCAACAUAAAAUAUGUGAAAUGGGCUCCCCAGCAGGCGAUUCUAGCACAUCCCAAUGUAAAGGCUUAUAUGAUGCAAGGUGGGCUGCAGUCAAUUCAGGAAGCUGUACACUACGCAGUUCCAAUGUUAGUGUUCCCUUUUUUUGGAGAUCAACAUUUUAAUGGGCGAAAAAUCAAAGAUGCAAAAAUAGGAAAGUCUUUGAAUAUUGACUUUAUCUCUAAUCUAUCACUUGUGAUGGCCAUUAAUCAACUACUAUAUGAUAAAACAUACUCGCGCAACAUCAAACAGAUGGCUGCUAUUCUGAGGGAUGAGCCGAUGAAGCCCAUGGAAAAGGCAGUUUGGCAUAUCGAACAUGCCCUUAAAUUUUCGCGUGCUCAACAUAUCCGCUACCAUGGACAAGACAUAUCGCUGUUUGAAUAUUAUAUGACAGGAGGUUUUAUUUUUAUUCUCAUUAUCACCAUAAUAUACUCGCGCAACAUCAAACAGAUGGCUGCUAUUCUGAGGGAUGAGCCGAUGAAGCCCAUGGAAAAGGCAUGUCAAAAGCUUAAAAUACUAGAUGGGGAGUGCGUCGAUAUUCUGGAGACUGCAAUGGCAUUGCCCCAUCUACCCGCUAAAUUGAUGCGUAAAGGUUUGCGAGUGUUGAAUUCAAUGGCUGACAAAGUAGAUGAUCCGCGCAUCGAAAGAUUUAUUACGUACUUCCGCAAAACUUGGUCGCCACUUCGACGUGUUUUUCCUGUUUUUUUGUUAGCAAUCAGAACAAACAAUAUUUGCGUGUGGUUCCACAAAUUAAUUCACAAAGUUUUCCACGAUCAUCCAGAACUUUUUGAUUUCUUAGAUAAACUUGUAGAGGUAAUGACCGAUUACAAUAUAAAAUACCAAAAAGUAAUCAAAGGAAUAGAUCAAAGGAUCCAAAGACGCCUUCUAGAUAUACAGCAUGACCGCGAUUUGAACCAACUACAAGUUGAUGUCAAUGCAGGAAGAAUACGUGUCAAAGACUUUUUAAAUACAGUGAUGCUGCAAAGAGGACUUCUCAAUGGUCCAGUAAUGCAACUCAAGUACCACCAAGUAACGCUACCUAAUAAUAACCUUCAAGAAGAGGUAGAUUGA